GGUGACACACCCCGUUGCCUCCCCUGCGCCGCGGCUCGGACCGGUGGAGGGGAGGGCGGCACCGCGCGGGCCCGCGCGCCUCGGACAGGCCUGCCCCCCGCCCCGCCGGGGUCCUGGGAACGGCUGUCGCCCCCACCUGGCAGCCCCCGCGCCCACCCCCGCCCCCGCUUGGCCGCUCCUUCCGCCGGCCCUGCCCUCCCCUCCCCCCGCGCCCGGGGUCGGCCGCGCCGCGGGCUAACGGGGCAGCGGCCGCUUAAAUAUUAAAUCGGGCGCCCCAGCUGCGCCCGCCGCCGGGCUCCGCGCCACUGCGCCCCGCACGCCGGCCGCUCGACGGGGCCCCGCCGCCCUCUCGGCGGCGCGGGGCUCGGGGCGCGCGGACUGGGCGCCUCACCUGGCACGUAGAUCUCGCCGCGCUCCUCGUCGGGGAGCUCGCUCCAGUUCCUCCUGCACGUGGAGACGCACGGUUUCUUCACCAGAAACGCGCGGGGCAUUUUCGAACCCUCCUCGCCGGGUACCGGCCGCUUCCGUAACUAGAGCCGGAGCCGUCCCACCUUUCCCUGGCCGGGCUGGAGGCGGGCGGGGGUGGGGGUAGGGGAGCAGGUCGGAGAAGAAGUCGCCAAAGCGUCCUGCGUUGCGCCGGGAGGCCGUGCGCGGGACGGCGCGCGCCCGUUUCAACCCCGCGGAGCUGUCGCCGUCCUCCGUCUGAACGAGGUCCCCUGCAGCCAGGUGCACCGGACGGCGGAGGAAGCGGCAGGGACUUGGCGUGCCUGACCAUGGGGCCCACGAGCCGGGAAACCUGGGCCCAGCGCCUGGGCACCUUCCGGGCCAGCCCGUCCGCCUUCAUGGCAGGUCCUGAGGGUGAGGAUCUGGGUCGUCACCUGCUGAGCGACCUGAGGAGUGAGAAGCUGAGCGAGCCGACUAAGGUUUCCUUGCUGGCUCUGAGCUUGGAGUACCCAGCCCAGCUGUGGCCGGACGCUCCUGCGGCCGAAGCAGCUGCCACCUCCCUGUUGGAUACCCUGGUCCUUCUACCCCCGCGGCCCUCGGCUCUGCGGCGGCCCCUUCUGCUGGCGGCCACCACAGCCUUGGCGGCAGGAGGUGCGCUGGGCCCCACCUCGGGAGCCUCCCGCCGGCUCUUGCCGCUGCUGCUGGGCUUGGCCUCGGGCCGCGAUUUGGGGCGAAGCUUUGGCCCUGCCUCGGAACAGCGCCCCCUGCAGGCCACAGCGUGGGAGUGCCUGCGGGAGCUGGAGAGCUGCAAGCCUGGGCUGCUGGGGGGCUGUCUGGGGCUGCUGCGGGGCCUGCUGGGGCAGGAGGGCCCUGUACAGCCACUCAGCCUGCUGCUGGCACUUGCCCUGCGAAACGCCUUGGUGAUACAAGCCAGGGCCAGGGUGGGCCUGCAGGGCCUGCUCGUGGCUGGGGACUGUCCCACUGAGGGUGGUUCCUGGAACUGGAUGCUAGCUGAGGAGGGUGAUGCCCACCUUCAGCCCCAGGCACCCAGUUGGCCAGCAGCUGAUGGGGGGGAGUGUUGCCUUGCCACGCUGGAGCUCAGUCCUGAGGAGGCCCGGGAGCUGCGGGCUGCUGUGGCCCAGCUUCUGGACGCCUCCUACCUGCUCACUCCUGUGGCCCAGGCCCAGCUUCUGUGGCUGCUGGGCUGGGCCCUGCGGGGUCUUCGGGGACAGCCACCAGUGCUCUUCAAGCCACAGCUGGUACGGCUGCUGGGCACAGCACAGCUGACGCUGCUGCAUGCCGUUCUGGCUCUGAAGGCGGCCUUUGGUGAGGCACUGUUCACAGCCCAGGAUGAGGCCUUGCUGCUUCGCCGGCUCACCUUGGCUGCCCAGCACCCGGCCCUGCCCCUGCCCGCCCAUCUCUUCUACCUGCACUGCCUCUUGAACUUCCCUGAGAACUGGCCGCUGGGCCCCGCAGGCGAGGAGGCUGCCCCGCUAUUGCUGGGGUCCCAGCUAUGCCGUGGCCUCCUGCCCAGUCUUCUGCAUGACCCGAUGGACCUCUUGGCCCGCCUGCAUCUGCUGUGCCUGCUCUGUGUGGAAGACGAAGAAAAGGAGGAGAAGGGCCAGGAUCAGAGCCCCCGGCGGUACCUGGAGGAGCUACUGGCUGGCCUGCGGCAGAGGGCAGCCCUGGGUGGUGGCCCCCGGGCCUUAGCCACUCUUUGCUUCCAGGCCUCAUACCUCGUUGCUCGCUGCCUGGCCGGGCAACCUGCGGUGCUGACACCCUUGACCCACGGACUGGCCCAGCUGUACCGAGCCCGGCCUGCACUGGCUCCCCAUUUCGUGGAUCUCUUGGAUCGGGUGGGCCCUGAGCUGGGGGAACCCUUGAAGGUGGUCUUGCGGCGGGAGGUGGUGUCCAGGCCAGGCAGGGAUGAGGCCCUUCGUUGGCACCUGCAGAUGCUGGCAAGGGUGGCAGAUGGGGAUGCCCAGAGUGCCACCCUCGGCUUCCUGCAGGCUGCAGCUGCCCGCUGCACGGACUGGGGCCUCCAGCAGGCCCUCCUGCAGGUCUGCCGGGCCCUGCUGCGGGCAGGUGUUGGGGGAGGCCUGGCGGACUUGCUGCAGGUCCUGGCCAGGCAGCUGGAGGACCCUGAUGGGCGGGACCACGCGCGCCUCUACUACAUCCUCCUGGCCCACCUGGAAGAGCCCAAGCUGGGGGUGGCCCUGGGCCCCUCCCUGGCCGCACCUGCACUGGCCUCUUCACUGGUGGCCGAGAACCAGGGCUUUGCUGCAGCGCUGAUGGUGCAGGAGGCCCCGGCCCCGAUUCGGCUAAGCGUGGGUCCCCACAGAGCCAAGGGCCCAGCCCCAGUGCUGCAGCUCCAGGUGGAGGUGCUGGAGCAGGUGUAUUCUCUGGAACUGCGCUUCCGUGUGGAAAGACAGCUCUAUGCACCCUUGGGGGCUGUGCACGUGCCCUGCCUGUGCCCCGGCCGUCCCAUCCGCCCUCUGCUGCUGCCUCUGCAGCCCCGACGCCCGGCUCCCGCGAGGCUGGCUGUGCGCGCCCUGUACACCACACCCAGCGGCCUCACCUGCCACGCUCACCUGCCACCCCUUCUCGUGAACUUCGCUGACCUCUUUCUGCCUUUCCCCCAGCCCCCCGAAGGGGCCAAGCUGGGCUUCUUUGAGGAGCUCUGGGACUCCUGCCUGCCAAAGGGCACCGAGAGUCGUUUGUGGUGCCCUCUCGGGUCACACGGGCUGGAGGCAUUGGUGUCCCGCCACCUGGAGCCCUUUGUGGUGGUGGCCCAACCCCCGACCAGCUACCUUAUAGCCAUCCGUCUGCCCCCAGACUCGCGGUUGCUGCUGCGGCUGGAAGCAGCCCAGGCGGACGGAGUGCCUGUGGCCCUGCGGACUGAUGACUGGGCCGUGCUGCCUCUGGUGGGGGACUACCUCCGGGGGCUGUCAGCGGCUGGCUGAGCCCCAGGGCCAGGCCAGAGCCCAUGAGCCACAACUACCGAGCCCACGUGUAACAACUACUGAAGCCCGCUCUCUGCAACAAGAGAAGCCACCGCAAUGAGAAGCCCACGCACCGCAAUGAAGAGUAGCCCCUGCUCACCGCAACUAGAGAAAGUCCACGCAGCAACAAAGACCCAACGCAGCCAAUAAAUACAUAAAUAAACAACAUUACUCAUUAAAAAAAAAAAAGAUUAUAGAAUAUUGUAUCCAUCAAGAGAAGAAUACAUGUUCUUCUCAAGUGCACGUGGAACAUCCACUGCGACAGACCACAUUUUGGGCCAUAAAGCACACCUUAGCAAAUUUAAAAGAACAGAAAUCUGCUUUUGGACCACAAUGGAAUUAAAGUAGAAAUCAAUGACAGAAUGAUAGCUGGAAAAUUCCCAAGUAUUUGGAGAUUAAGCAACAUACUUCUGUAUAACACAUGGGUCAAGGAAGCCCCAUGAGAAAUUUUAAAAUAUCCUGAGCUAAAUGAAAAUGAAAAUACAACUUGUCAAAAUCUGUGUGAUUCAGUGAAAGCAAUACUUGGAGCGAGGUUUGUGGCAUUAAAUGAAUAUAUUAGAAAAGAAGAAAGAUAUAAAAAUCAAUAAUCUAACCUUUUACUUUAGGAUACUAGAGAAAGAAGAGUAAUAUGAGCCUACAGCAAGUAGAGGAAGAUGAAUAAAAAUUAGAGCAGAAAUCAGUGAAAUUGACAGGAGGAAUUCAACAGAGAAAAUCGAUGAAACCAAAAGCUGGUUCUAUGAAAAGAUCAGUAAAAUUGAUAAGCCUCUAGCCAGGCUAACUAAGAAAGAAGAGAGAGGACACAAAUUAUUAAUACCAGAAAUAAAAGAGGGAUCAUCACUACUGAGCCCAUGGACAUUAAAGGGAUAAUAAGUAUUAUGAACAAUUCCGUGCCCACAAUCUGAUAAAUGAAAUGGACCAAUUCCUUGAACGAUGCAAAGUAACAAAACUUACACAAAGGAAAAUAAUCUGAAUAGAGCUAUAUCUCGAGAAAGUGAGUCAAUAAUUAACAGUUGGGCUUCCCUGGUGGCGCAGUGGUUGAGAAUCUGCCUGCCAAUGCAGGGGACAUGGGUUCAAGCCCUGGUCUGGGAAGAUCCCACAUGCCGCGGAGCAACUCGGCCCGUGAGCCACAACUACUGAGCCUGCGCGUCUGGAGCUUGUGCUCUGCAACAGGAGAGGCCGCGACAGUGAGAGGCCCGCGCUCCGCGAUGAAGAGUGGCCCCCGCUCGCCGCAACUAGAGAAAGCCCUCGCACAGGAACGAAGACCCAACA